GUUGCAGAUGAGACCCCCCACUUUUGUGGUGAUAUUAAAAAAGAGCACGCUUCACUUUCAUCUCCAUAGACAGUAGACACAUGAUGAUGAGGUCUACAUUGAGAACGUGGUUUAUGCACCUUUUGCUUUACUUUUGAAUUUCAAAUUCAAUCCAAACAAAAAAAGGGAAAAAAAAAUCGAAAAGAGGGGCAACGUUAAUCUUGGUGUUUCCAGUUCCAAGUUCGUAUCUUUUUUCAGGUUUUGAAGCAUUGCCUUAAGCCCCAACCAUGGGAGAUUCAAGCUGUCUCAUGAUGCAACCCUUGUCUCACUCAUCAGUCUUCACCAAUGAUGCCACUGAGGGGAACCCGAUUCAUGCUCUUGGGCAGUCAGUCUCAUUUGGCAGGUUCGUGUCAGAAGAGUCCUUGUCAUGGGAGAAGUGGUCGAGCUUCUCUCGGAGACGCUACGUCGAAGAGGCCGAGAAGUAUUCCCGGCCGGGAUCGGUCGCGGAAAAGAAAGCCUUUUUCGAGGCUCACUACAAGAAAAUGGCCGAGAAGAAAGCGGCAGCCUUGCUUGAGCAAGCGAAUGCAGACUCGAGCAAUGUUGCUGACUUGGAACUUGAAGGUGAUGAAUCAGAUUUUCAGGAAAUUGUGAAUCCUAACCAAGAGGUCAAGAACCUAAGGCAAGUGCAUAAUCUGGGUGGUGAGAUGGAGAAAAAUGAUAGCAGGGAGGAUAGAGGAUCACAGUUAACUGAUAAAUCCGUCGUGAUUGUGGAAAAUGCCAAGGAUGAAUCAUUGAAAGAGCUUGGAACGGACUCUUCCCCGGCCAUAUCCUCCGAGGCACUUAAAAGCACAACAUCAGCAUACCCUUCAGCCACUCCUUUGUCCGGGAAGAGAGUACCGGGGGAUCACAUAACCACCGGAAAGAAAACUGGCCAGAAAAGGCGCUCUCUUGCUACCGGGUUUUUGAAGUUUCUGUCUGCAUGCAAAAGCAAUUUACAGUCACCAAAGUCAUCUCCACCCAGAUUGAGCACCAAAGGAAAAACUGCAAAAGGCAAGAAGGACGAAGAAAGUAAAGAACCAAGUAAAUGGAGUCAUAGCUUUUGUUUUUGCGUGGGGAACUCUUCAAGUAUUCGCAAAGGAAAAGAAAGAGCAGAGCAUCAGAUGAAAAGCGCCCAACACUCCUUCCCAAUCCACCAGGAGAGGAAGAAAGCUCAUGACAACAACGAUGAUGCAAAGCACGAUCUCUCUAUCUCCUCAAAGAUCUUUGAUGAAUGACGAUCACCGAAAACAUGUUAAGGGAAGGAAGGGUCAAGCGCCAACGAAGUCUAAUGCUUUGGAGGCUUGUUAAUAUACAUCUCCUAGAAAAUAUUCAAGUGUAAAGAUGAGUUGCUACAACUACUACAUGAGGAAUUGCACCAAACGCUGUUCAGGAGGCUAAUUCCUGUCGAAUACAUCGAAGAACAAUCUCUUAUUGUCGUGAAACAAAUAUCAACCCGAGGAAAAUGCUUGGACAUGGACUGGAUUGAUUUGGAGAGCUCAUACUGUAUGCAUAGUUUCAUGCUCUCACUAGUCAGUAUGCUGUAAAAAUUUGGAUUUUUCUGUUCCUGAAACUUUGUGAUUCGUU